AUUCAAGCUUCUUAUUCAUUUAAACGUUUUUUUGACCGCGACUUAGUACUAUGAGAGAAAAUUAAUAUAGUGUAACCCAGAUGCCAAAACAAUUAAAAAGAGGAAAAUGAUCAAAGACACUCCUGGAAAGUUUUACAGAUGAUUACAAAAAUGACAUUGCGUUGACUCUUAGUAUAACAAAAUGAGCCAGAAAAUGAAACCUGGUUCUUCCAAAGGAGAUGUGUCUUAUGUCAGAGCCACAGGUGCAUCCCCUCAGCUUCCGAUGGCCCCCUCCCCGUCUCUCAUGAGGGAUGGCAGUCACACCCCAGUGUCUCAGAUGUCAAACAUGGACAAUGACUGGGACGACAGAGAUGAGAUACGUCAGCGCGAGCUCGAGGAAGCCAGAGGUCGGGUGUCGCAGAUGGAAAAGACAAUGAGAUGGUGGUCAGACUGUACUGCAAAUUGGAGAGAGAAGUGGAGCAAAGUAAGGAACGAACGAAACAAAGCGCGAGAGGAGAAUCGUCAGUUAAGAGCUAAACUGGAACAGCUUGUGAAGGAGUGUACCAUUCUAAAAAGGGAGAAACAAGAAAUUCAGGCUGAAAAUGUGAAAAUAAAAAAAGAAUCCUCAAGUGGAAUAUCUGAAAAUGUUAAACAAGACUUUGAAAAUAAUAUGAAUAAAGAGUGUAAACCUGCUGCAAGCGAAAAGUAUGUUGAGGAGAAAGAAAUAAAUUCACAGGCAGCAAAUAAUGUGAUUCAAGAGGAUGGUACCAUAGCUGAGGAAAAGGCUACUUUGUUUGAAUUAAAACUUGAUGAGGCACAGAAAACUCUUCUUGCUGAGAGAGGGGAUAAAACAUCACUCAUGAAAACCAUAGAGAAACUACAGAUGGACCUUAGUGCUAUGAAACAGAAAUACGAGGAAGCCAAAAGAUCUAAACAGGAUGUGUUGCUGGAGAUGACAAAGCUGAAGGAGGACCACAGGGGGGAAAUUGAUCGUCUUAUCAAAGAUGUUGACGAGGAGAUCGGUAACAAGUCCAUGGUAGAUAAAAAACUGAAUGAUGUCAGGAAAGAGCUUGAACGGCUCCAGAGAGAAAAUGCAGAUGAAUGGGGGAAGAGGGAGAGAUUAGAAACAGAGAAACUAGCUCUGGAAAGAGAAAAUAAGAAGUGUCGAGCACAGAUUCGGGACCUAGAGGAGCAGUUAGAAAACAAGAAGCAACAGACAUCAGCUGUAGUGGACUCGGACAUGAGGAGUCUGCAGCAGGAUUUAAAUGACAAGUCAAAGGAGCUGAAUGAUCUGCGCCAUAUACACACGAAAUUAAAGAAGACUUUCCAAGAAAAACAGACUGACCUUGAUCAUGCCCGCCGGAGAGCAGAGCAGUACGAGAUGGAGGUUAAAAAACUGAGAGCUCGGGUCGAGGAGUUAAAGAAAGACCUCGCAACUGCAGAGGAUGAGGCUGAUAAUCAAGCCAACCUAUAUCGUAAAGUACAGCGAUCAAAUGAUGAACUACAGGAGCAGAUAGAGAAUCUACAAGUACAACUUCAUCACACUCAGAGCAGACUGAAGAGAAGCAGUCAGAGUGGACUGACAAUGACGGCCAGUCUCCGAUCCUUGGAUCCCACCGACCCAGAAAACAACGACAGCGACGAGGAUGAAGGGUACUGAUUCUAUAGCAACGAUGUAAUAAUGCAUGACUCAUAGGUCACAAGGUCAAAAGGCAAAGGGCACAGGAAACAAAAAACUUAAAGGACAUGGUGUCUUGUUUUUAUUCAUGUCCCUGGACAAAUCCUGUUUCUUUUCUAUGCUGAAAGCAUAGAAAUUGUGUGUUGUUGUAAUAUGGAAAGUUAAUGUACCAUUUCAAUGGUUGACAUUCCUUCAACACUGAAUUGCAAUAUUGUUGAAGAUCUAAGGUUUUUUUUAUAGUCCUCUUUGAAUUCAGUUGUUCAUUGUGCAUGCACAUUAAACAUGUAAAUGUAAUUUUCUUUUGUCACAUUUUAUUUUAAUAAUAUAUUUUAACAAUUCAUGAAAGAAGAUUAGUGAUCUGAUGACAUUUAAAUCAUUGAUACUCUAUGAAGCCAGUUUAUAAAGCUUGCUUGCCAAUCCUUCAUGUUUCCAUGUACGGUACAUGACUUUCUGAUGAUGUCAACAAAUGAUGCCCUUCUGUGGCGUUUUGUGUUUGUUUAUUUGGAGUUGUCUCUUUAUUUGUGCUUUCUUGUUAUAAAAGUCCAUGUAUAUAUAAAUUUAUACAAAAGAGUUUGUUACUCCAGUAAGUUUUGUAAUGUAUUUUACUAAUUAUUUUAUCCGCCAAAGGUCUCUGUAUUUACAUAUCCACAUCCUUCUGCUGAAAAUGUCAAUUGAAUUUCGGUUGUGCUGUGAAUCAGGUUGUUAUAUAUAUGGUUGUUCAACACAGAUUUGUUGGUACUGUAGAAUAUCCGUUUUUUAUGUACAUUUGAAGUUUAUCAGACUUGUAUCAUUUAGAAUGGUUUUGUACAUCUAUUACUGAUAUUGGAUAUCAUUUUUAUUUUCACACAUAUCACUUCUUGUAAAGUAGAAAUAUUGUUAUUACAGUAGGUUUUUAUUUUCUGCUGUUCACAAAAUUAAUGGUCCUUUUGUGAAGAAAUUUUUGAAAACUUGAUUCAUGUUUGAAAACUAUUUUAAAAUGAAACUGUUUUAUGAAAAUUAAACAUGUUAUACUAAUUGUUAUAAGUGAAAGAGGAAUUUAUAGCAUUGUAUACUUUUUUGGCUCGUAAAAAGAUGUCUUGGCAUAGAAUUUUAGUUGCUCCAAAGCUGCAUUAAUAUUCAAAAGUCUUGUUUCAUAUUCAACAAAAUAUUUUGAAGGAAAUAAUAAAAUUCUUUAGUUAUUAGAUUGGAUGAUGUGUCUGUUUUGCCAAAUUGUUACAGCAUGAUACUCUAGUUUAAAACUGAAAGGGUCAUUUCCAAUUGUUCCAAGUGUUUCUAUAGAGUUUUGAAUAUUUUAUAGGGCUGCAUGUAAAUUGAAUGUUUCUACCCCUAUUGAUUUUUUAAAACAAAUAUCAUUUAUGUGCAACAUAUCCAUAAUUUUUUAUGUACAUGUAGAUUUUGUCCAUCUUAUUUAUUUAUGUUUGGUUUAUUUUCAUUGAAAAGGAAUGCAGGUAUACAUGUAAUUUUGUCAUCUUUCAAAUAGCAUAUUCCUUGAUAUAUUUAAUGACAGUGCAAUAUAAAUGUAAAGUGCAAAAUCAAAAUCACAUGCUGACAUUGCUAGUACAUAUAUUCAAAUAAACAACCUGAAAUAACCACAAUAAAAAUUCACAUUAAGCUUUUUCCGAGAAAUUAAAGUAUUGAUGAUUUUGUAACAUAACUGUUGAAUUAUUGAUUACGGUACAUGUUUUCCAUAAAGCCAUGUUGUGUUUGAGAUAUCACAAUUGAAUGAUGCAUUUUAGUGUUGUAGUGGAGAAUUUAAUGGUGUUCCAAAUAAGGAAAAAGACUUGGUGUUUCCAUUGCAAGCCCUGUUUUGUUUUCUUUCUGAAAGUCCCAGUUUACAGUGUCUUGAUGCAGUCAGAAUAAGUUACCAAGUUUUCACAUUAUGAAAUAAGGUACUGUCUCAUUCAGUGGGCAAAUUAAAGAUUUGGGCUCCUUUGAGAUAGUAGACUGUAACUUUACUGGAUUUUAGUCUGUAAUUUGAAUGUAAACAUACAUUUGGUUUGUAAGUAGCAUUACAUUUACAAAUUCACUUUCAUGGGUGAUGGUACAUCAAGUAUUAUUGGUUGUAUUGAUUGAAUGGUUUUCCAUUUAACUUUUAUCAUGACAUAAUGAUGAUAUUUUAUGAUAAGUGUCUAUUAUCAAGUGUCAUAUGUAUUAUGAAUAAUGUAUGAAAUACUCUGGGUAUUUGUAUUUGUUUCAUUGUAAAUCAUUUCCUGACAUGUAAUUCUUUAUUUAAGAUUUCAUACAUCAUAAAAUUCAUAUACAGUUGUUCAUCACUGACACCCGCAGUUGUGCUGAUUUUAAUACCAAAAAAGCUGGCAUACAUGGUAUUUACUUUACAUAGCAUUGUAAAUUAAAAACGAAAGUAAAAGUAAAAGAGGUAACUGUAAGUUGUCUUCCUCUUUAUGGGGUACAUGAUUAUGUGCAAGUAGUUGUAGUGAUAUACAUGUGCAAAAUAAACGCAUGAAAUAUAAAACCCUGCUCUUGUGUUAUCUUGU